GAGGCCUGGUGCAGAAUGGAGCCUUGGACUCACACUGAUAGCAGUGAUGACAUUGAAGAUGUGUCUCUCUUUGAUGCAGAUGAUGAUGUAUCCAGGAGAUCAAAAAAGUCAAAAAUAAGGCAUCCAGUGGCAUCAUUUUUCCACUUAUUCUUCCGAGUCAGUGCGAUAGUUGUCUAUCUGCUCUGUGAGCUCUUAACUAGCAGCUUUAUUGCCUGCAUGGUGACAAUUAUUCUCCUCUUGUCGUGUGACUUUUGGGCUGUAAAGAAUGUCACAGGGCGACUGAUGGUUGGCCUUCGCUGGUGGAACCAGGUGGAUGAUGAUGGUAGAAGUCACUGGGUAUUUGAAGCCAGGAAGGUGUCAGCGCAAGGGAGUAAAACCUCAUCAGAAGCAGAGUCCCGAAUUUUCUGGUUAGGACUAAUUACCUGCCCUAUGAUCUGGGUGAUAUUUGCAUUCAGUGCUCUCUUUUCUUUCAAAGUGAAGUGGCUGGCAGUGGUUGUGAUGGGAGUGGUGCUUCAGGGAGCCAACCUUUAUGGUUAUAUCAGGUGUAAAGUUGGCAGUAGAAAGAACUUGACAAGCAUGGCGACCAGCUAUCUUGGGAAGCAGUUCUUGCGGCAGACUGUGGCUAAAGAGGACCAAACAGCAUCCUGAAUGUAGUGGAAGCCUCAAGCCAGACCAGAUUCACAGUAAUGGACAACAGAGAGUUUUGCUCUGACCAUGAGAUUUGGGAGCUGCGUACAUCAAGUGUGAAUUAAAAGAAGUGAAUAAAUUGUGAAAGACUUCAGGUUAACACUCUGGCAACUUAUAUUCAAUUUUCCACUAGCAGUUUGUGUUUCAGUCCUUUAGUUUUAUUAAUUAGAAUUGAUUUGCCUAAACUUCAAAUUAAAAAAUACCCUAGGUGGCUCUCAUACAGGUUUAGAACUACUGGAUGAAUUAAGAGAAAAUUGCUUGACAUCCUUCAGAAGAACCGUGCACAAGCUGAGCCUUGUUAUCCAGGAACUCCCCCAACUCCCAGCAGCUGGUGCCUCACAUAGUUUCAGAUGUGGACGUGGCUGUGUUUUGUUCUUGGAGGUCAUUGCUGCUUUGUUACGGAGUUUAGAUAGUGCUCUUUUGGCUCUGCCUCUCUCAUUCUGUGAUUUCAACAGUGCUGAGAUGGUUGCAGUGAAGGACAUCUAAAGGAAAUGUUGCUGUUGGCUCAGAGGGAAGAUGAUUGAAAUCUCGUGGAAGCUGCAGAAAGUGACUUCUGAGCACCUCAGGUCAUAUUUACCUGAAUCACUCUUGGAGUUCUCAGCAACAUCUUAAACCCCUGCAUUUAUGGGAAGUCCCUGUACCUGUAGGCCUGCACCUGUAUGGAAAUGACAAGAGUAAAACCAGUUUCUGAGGCAGGUUGCACGGCCAUCCCGGAGCUGGAGGGCGUCGGGGCACAGCCAAUGGCUCAGUGGUGCUGUUGCCAUCGGGCGUGGUGUCGGCGCGGCGCGGUGCUGUGCAUCCGGUGCCGCCGGGCUCCUCUGGCCGGGAGGGUGUAGCGUGGUGGGAUCUGCAGGUUCCUCACUAGCCCCUCGGCACAGGGAGCGGGGAUGACAGGGGUUUAUGCUUUUUGAAUCCAUGCAGAGUGCUGUUCUCGAGCUGUGCUCCCCAAGGUGUCUCUAGGGGCUGGAAAGAAAGCCUUUUGUAGGAUUGUGUGGUGUUGGCUGGCAGUGUUCACUUAGACAGCUGGAAGUGGUGUGUUUUGUGUGAUAAGCUGUAUGAAAAGGGUCAGUUUCUCCUUGUCACGUAAUUCUGUUCAAGGCAGAUUGUACUUUCGUGGCAGCAGAUAUUGUAGACUUCAGAUGAGAUAUUUUAAAUUAAGAAAUGGUUUCUUUUUGAAUAAUGGGUAUUGUAAAUUGUGGGAUUGCAUUAACAUGAUUCCUCUCCCUGUACUGUAGCAAUAUUUGGGAGCUGUACAUUUGUUUAACUCUUUGGAUUGAUACCUUCCUUUUGUAAAUAUGUAUUUAUAAAAUCUUGAAAUUAAAAUAAUGCUUUGUUUAACCAGA